AUGUCGGGUGAACAAUCGGACUCGAACUCCACAGCUGGGUCCACUAUCACGCCUGAGGAUGGUCCUGCGCUUUACGAUGAUCUUAGUGACUUCUCAGAUGCCGCAAGCUCGACGGCCUCGUUAGCGUCGAGUGUGUUCAAUUAUCAAUAUGAGAAUGGACGUCGAUACCAUGCAUACAGAGAAGGCGAAUACGUCAUUCCUAAUGAUGAAAGGGAGCAAGACCGCCUCGACUUGCUUCAUCAUAUCUUCCUGAUGGUUCUAGAGGGAGAGUUAUACUGUGCUCCUAUUCCAGAGAAUAUAUCGCAAGUACUGGAUCUUGGCACAGGGACGGGGGCUUGGGCGAUGGAUUUAGCAGACCGAUUCCCGCAAGCAAUAGUCACCGGAACGGAUCUAAGUCCUAUACAAUCGCCUUGGGUCCCCAACAACUGCCAAUUCCAAAUAGAUGACUUUGAACUCGACUGGAACUUCUCCUAUCCUUUCGACUUUAUCCACGCUCGCAGCAUCGAGGGUUCAGUCAGGGAUUACAAAAAGCUAUUUGGUCAAGCAUUAGAGAACCUCAAAGACGGCGGCUGGUUCGAAGUCGCCGACGCCACUGUCGGAGUCUUUUGUGACGAUGACAGCUAUGAACGAGCGCCGAACUUGUACAAGUGGCGCGACAAAUUGAUUGAAGSGAGCCAUAUCUUCAAUAAACAUAUGGGGGUUUCGCAAAACUAUAAGCAGUGGAUGAUUGAUGCGGGAUUUGUGAAUGUGAAGGAAAAGGUUUUUAAGGUGCCAUAUUCCCCAUGGGCUAAAGACCCAAAGAUGAAGGAACUAGGAACAUACCAGCAAGCGAUGAUGCUGGAAGCCUUGGAUGCAUAUUCGUAUGCUUUAUUCACCAGGGUUUUGGGAUGGACAACACUCGAAAUCCAGAUCCUGCUCGCCGGAGUAAGAAAAGAACUUCGUGACCGAGAGUUCCAUGGCUACUCGCGAUUUUAUUUCGUAUAUGGACAGAAGCCGUCUCCCCAUGUUUCUUAA